GCUGCUGGCGCCGGGCUACACCGAGACACACUACAGCGCGGAUGGGCAGCCCGUGACGGUGACCCCCAACCACACGGACCACUGCUACUACCAUGGGCACGUCCGGGGCUAUGGUGGCUCCUGGGUUGGGCUGGGGGAGCUGGCGUGGAAGCACCACAGGAGCCAUCGGGGGCUGCUCUCCAUUGCCAGGGGCCUGAUAGUGCUGAGCAGCAACACCAGCUACUACCUGAAACCCCUGGGGACCCCCGAGCCAGGCCACCACGUCAUCCACCGAGCAGAACAUUUGCCCAUCCAAGGUGGGACCUGCGGCCACGGCGAUGACUUCGGGAGCACCAUUGCUGACAUCGCUCGGCUCUUCCAGCCCGUGCACAACCGGGCAAAGAGAGAUGCCUGGAGGACCAUGAAGUACAUGGAGCUCUUCAUCGUUGCUGAUCACACACUGUACAGGAACCAGAACCUCAACCUGGGCCACACCAAGCAGCGCAUCGUGGAGAUCGCAAACUACGUGGACAAGUUUUACAGGUCACUGAAUAUCAAGGUGGCCCUGAUCGGCCUGGAGGUGUGGACGGAGCGGGACCAGUGCACCGUCACCAGCGACGCCAACGCCACGCUCUGGUCCUUCCUGCAAUGGAAGAAGGCGCUGAGGUCACGCAAGAAGCACGACAACGCCCAGCUGCUGACAGGGAAGACGUUCAGGGGGACAACCAUCGGCAUGGCCCCGCUGGAGGGGAUGUGCAGCGCGGAUAACUCCGGAGGCGUCAGCAUGGACCACUCGGAGCAGCCCGUCGGAGCGGCCGCCACUAUGGCCCACGAAAUCGGCCACAAUUUCGGCAUGAGCCACGACAGCACGGGCUGCUGCGUGGAGGCCACCCCGGAGCAAGGUGGCUGCGUCAUGCCAGCGGCCACCGGACACCCCUUCCCUCGCGUGUUCAGCUCCUGCAGCAAGAGGCAGCUGGAGAACUACUUCCAGAAGGGAGGUGGCAUGUGUCUCUUCAACCUGCCCGACACCAAGGACCUGGUGGUGGGACGGAAAUGUGGCAAUGGCUUUUUGGAGGAAGGAGAAGACUGUGACUGCGGGGAGGUGGAGGAGUGCACCAACCCGUGCUGCAACGCACACAACUGCACGCUGAAGGCGGGGGCCCAGUGUGCCCACGGCGACUGCUGCCAGAACUGCAAG